AUGAGCUGGGCCUUGCUAAAGAACCCAAGCGGUGUAGACUGUCAUGUGUUUGUGACACACUGCUGGGCCGAGGGGAUUUAUGAGUUCAUUGACAGGCUGGAGUACUCUUGGCCCGCUGGUGCAGAGGCUGCAUAUGUAUGCUUCUUGUCCAACCCCCAGAACUUGGACAUCUCCAGUUUGAUCGCAAGCCCAAGUAGCUCACCAUUUGCCUUAGCGCUGCGCUCGGCAUCUGCGAUGCUUGUCCUCCCAAAUGCGACUGUGAGCAUUUAUACUCGGCUCUGGUGUGUAUACGAAGCCUUCCUCGCUUACACGUGGGGGACGGUCAUUAAAACAGCUGCUCUGGGUCAUGAUGGGCUUUGGCGCGAUAUUCUUCGGGCGAUGUCCCUGUUUAUCUUGGGUACAGGUGGCAUCUGGAUGAUGUGGCUUUUGAGUGAAGGCUCUUGGUUAACCCACUACAAGCUCUUUCUGUUGGGCCCCGUGACUGUUGCAGCUCCAGUGAUCGGGAUUUGUGCGAACAAAUUCUUUUUGCGUUGGCCGGUAGUCCUGCAGGAAACUUAUUUUGCCAUGAUCAUCAUUCUCAUUGGUAUGUUCAUGACCGAAAUAUUUACGAAUGGCGUUCUUUAUGCAGAAAACCGUUUCGUGGCAGCCUGGAACUCGCUAUAUUGGUUGUUUUGCCUCUUGAUGUGUGGAGUGUUCGCAGCGGAUUGGGCCCGCUUCAAAGAUACGCGACGCCGUUCGGAAAUGCUCCAGAACAAGUUCACUGGCAGAUUGCUGGAAGCCCAAUGUUCGGCUGAUGCAGACAGAGCCAGCAUCCAUCACGAAGUGUUUGAGAGUGGCAAGUUGCACGAGGUGGAAGUGGCCGUCAACACUCUUCUGCGUGUGAACCUCCUGACGCCAGAGCUCCUAAGAGCUGCCGCUCUUGUCGGAGAGAUCGGGGACAACUCGACCUGCCCACGGGCAACUGGGUAG